UUUUGAUAUAAGUUGUUUUAAAAAUAAUGUUUAGCAGUAUCAGAUUGGUGUAACAAUGGGUUUCAACCGAAAACUCAAAAAUGGAGCUAAAAAACACCCAACACCAAUAGAAAUUGAUGAAAUCCUUGUCGAUUUAAAAAAAGUUUUACACAGUUUGUCUACAGUUACUGUUCGUCUUGAAAAAAGUUUGAGUCUUUACAAUUUAAACGAAUCAGAAGAAGAGGAGGGUUUUCAAAGUGCCGAAGAAAAUGUGAAAGUGAAUUCUGUGUCAAAGAGAGUAAAUGCCUUUCAGAAACAAAGUCAAGUAGAUAUCAAAUCACCAAUAUUGAGGUCAUUUCGCAGUUUAGAUGAACAUUCAACACCCAAUGAAAUCUUAGUACACUCCGAAAAAAUUAACCAAAUUGUUGUUAACAAUAAUGUUGCCAAAAAUAAUGUUGAACACAUUAAGAAAAAAAUUGAGCUUUACAGCAGUAUUAGUGACAGUAGUAGUGAUGAGGUAGACGCGAAACCUACUGAAUUAAAUAAAAUAAAGGUAGAUGUGCAAAGUCUAAAACAGAAGUUUGAGAUUGAAAAUAGACAUACGCCGACCUAUGUCACCAGUUCAAUGAUUGAGGUGAAUAGGAGGAAAAGCGUGGAAGAAAAAGGGAGACAAAGUGUCAAUAAAAUGGAUGAAAAGCGACGAAAAAGCGAAGAGAAACCUAAAAAAGAAAAAACUUUUGUUGAAGAAGAUAAAGUAAAGAGGAUGUUGAAGUACUUUCAACCUACAUCGAAAUAAAGUGGUGACAAGGAACUUAAAAUCUUAUUCAAUUACUUAUUAUAAUAAUUGAAAUAAAUCAUGUAAUGUAGAUAAGGUGUUAUAAAUACGAGAUAACGAUUUUUAGAUCACUUCUUAUCAGUCAAGAUAAAAUAAGUAUUUGGAAACAGAAAAUAUUUUGUAGCAAAAUAAUUCUCAAUAUUAAAUAAAGCAGUCUUUUAUUUCUUUC